AUGGAGACAGUUUCGGAUCUUCUGCUCAAUCUCACAGUCACGUCGAGCCCAACAGAUGCAGCGCAGGAGGGGAAGAGCAGGAGCGACCAGUAUUUGGAUCAGACUGUGCGGAUCUUUCUUUACUGCCUCCUGUUUAUGCUGAGUGUGUUGGGCAAUGUGCUGAUCAUCACGGUGCUGCUGAGGAACAAGCGGCUGCGGACAGUGACCAACACUUUCCUGCUCUCCCUGGCGGUCAGCGACCUGAUGCUGUGUCUCUUCUGUAUCCCCUUCACCCUCAUCUCCAACCUGCUCGAGGAUUUCAUCUUCGGGAGCGCCGUCUGCAAAGCUGUGCCUUACUUCAUGGGUAUUUCUGUUAGUGUUUCGACCUUCAGUUUGGUGGCAAUUUCUCUGGAGAGAUACAGUGCUAUUUGUAAACCACUCAAAUCCAGGGUCUGGCAGACCAAGUCUCACGCCUUCAAGGUGAUCACUGCUACUUGGCUGUUCUCAUUUACUGUCAUGUUACCAUAUCCCAUCUAUGGCAACUUAGUGCCCUUCACGAGAAUCAACGACAACAACAGCACAGGCAACAUGUGCCGUCUUCUCUGGCCCAAUGAUAUCACACAGCAAUCCUGGUACAUUUUUCAGCUACUGCUUCUCUCUUUGAUCCCUGGAAUAGUGAUGAUGACAGCAUAUGGUCUAAUCUCAUGUGAACUGUACAAUGGGAUCCAGUUUGAAAUGAGUCAGAGAAAGCGCAACCAAGAGAGAGAAAGCAGUACCACAAAUAGCGUCAGCAUCAGCAAAUACGAAGAUGGAGAUGGGUGUUACAGACAGAAUCUGAAACGGAACAGAACAAUUGAAUUGCAACGCUUAUCAAAUACCAGAACAGUCAAAAUCAAUAGGAUAAGAAGUAACAGUUCCACUGCAAACCUUAUGGCCAAGAAGAGAGUGAUUCGGAUGUUGAUUGUGAUAGUGGUCAUGUUUUUUAUCUGUUGGACACCCAUACUCUGUGCCAAUGCUUGGCGAGCUUUUGAUAAAGUUUCUGCUGGCAGAAUUCUGUCUGGGACAGCAAUUUCAUUCAUUCAUCUGCUCUCCUACACCUCUGCCUGUGUAAAUCCCAUCAUCUACUGUUUCAUGAACAAGCGAUUCCGUAUGGCUUUCCUGGCAACUUUUACUUGUGGCACCAAAAAGCAAGCGCAUAUUCGGGAAAUAGAGGAGGAAGCCGGUACAACUGGUAGCUCUACCUCCAGAUGUACCAAUGUCAGUGUGUCAGCUCCCUGUUGACUGCUGGAUACUACAUCUGCACAUAGUCUUUAAGUAAGGAAUUUACACAAAUAGGAUGUGU